CAAUUUUGGUACGAAAUUUUGUUAUAACAUUUGUUAUAUUUGUAAUAUUAUUAUUAAAUUUAUAAUAUAUUGGAAAUAAUUGCAAAAAAUAUUGUAUCAAAUAUUUUUUUUUUAAAUAAAAUGACUUUAAAAAGUUAUUUGAGCAAAAAUAUAUUAAUGUUAAGUAUAUAUGAAAUUUGUCUACUGGAAUAACAUAUUGUAUAUCAGUCUUGAGAUUUUUUUUCAUCAGUAACCUUUGACACUUGUGAUUAUUUGUCAAAUGUUAGGAUAUCAUAUAUAAAAGUGUACAUGUUGAAAUAAAGAAAUUAAAUAUGAAUUAAUAUAUUUAGAUUAAGUUAAAAUUAUUAAAUUAUUUUAUUAAAAAUAUUUUAAUUACAUAAAAAAAAAUAUGGGUAAUAGAUCUAGCCUUCUUCUACGCGAAGAAGAAAUAGCACAAAUCCAAGAAGCAACUGGAUUUACACCAAAUCAGAUUGAACGUUUAUAUAGUCGUUUUACAAGUCUUGAUCGUGGAGAUUGUGGAACUCUUAGUAGAGAAGAUUUCCUUAGAAUUCCAGAAUUGGCAAUAAAUCCUCUUGGUGAUAGAAUUGUAAAUGCUUUCUUUGAUGAAAGUGGUAAUGAUAGAGUGAACUUCUUACAAUUUAUGCAAGUGCUGGCUCACUUCAGACCCAUUAAAAAAAAUAGUCCUAAUAGAUUAAAUUCUAGACAAGAGAAAUUAAAAUUUGCCUUCAAAAUGUAUGAUUUGGAUAAUGAUGAUUUAAUAUCGAAAGAUGAACUACUAGCUAUUUUGCAUAUGAUGGUUGGUGCAAAUAUUAGCGAGGAACAGUUAACUAGUAUUGCGGAAAGAACUAUAGUAGAGGCUGAUGAAAAUGGUGAUGGAAUGAUUUCAUUUGAAGAGUUUUGUAAAGCAUUAGAGAGGACAGAUGUAGAACAAAAAAUGUCUAUACGAUUUCUUAGUUAAUUUAUUUUUUUCUUUAAAUAAUGCACAAUUUGCUGAUGUGUUGGGCAUAUAUAUUAAAAUUUAUUAUAAUUUAUAAUAAUAAUAAUGAAUAUAACAAUUCUUUUUUUCUUAUGUAUCUUCAUUUAUUUUACAUGAAAAAAAGUUGAAGUUAUGUUCAGUAUUUAAUGAUACAAUGAAAGGUAAGAUAGUAAAUUUCCUUUUUUUUAAAACUGUUAUUAAAACAGCUGUAAUUUUAAUUAAUAAAAAAUGAUACAAUUAUAUGUUUUUACGAUUUAUAGUAUAUAUAUAAAUUCCACAGUUAUUACAGAUUUUGUUAACCUACAGUUUACAACAUUUAAUUUAUUAUUUGUCUUGUUAUACUGCUUACAUUUUCCAAAAAAAAAAAAAUAUGAUAACAUUUACUAUAAACAAGCACUAUUGGAAAAUAAGUUAUGCUAUUGAUGACACAUUAAAAAAAUGGGAAACAUGAAUGUAAAAUAUGUAUUACACGAAUACUAUGUAUUUUAUUUGUACAUGAAUUAUAUCUUGACUUCAAAAAAAA